CCAACACCUGGCACACAGUAGGCCUAAAACAAUUAGAAUGUCUCCGGGUCUGAUGGGCCCUUUGAUGUUGCUGAUAAAUUUAUUCUCUCCUUUGAUAUUCGGAGAAACAGGGCCAAGAGGGGUAUCGAAUUGUGACUUGUCCUGUGACUUGUCCGAGGUCACACAGGGAGUGAAUGGCUGAGCCAGGACCAGAACCCAACAAAAAUAGCAGGGUCGCGCUGUGCCGGAGCCAACACCUUCCAUUUAGAACUUUGUUUUGCUUUCACAAGAGCCCAAGGGGUAGCUAUUACUCUCCUUCGAUUAUGAAUGAGGAACUAGGCUAGAGAGGCUAAGGGACUAGAAAGCAAAGUCACACAGCUGAUAAGUUUCAGACCUGAAAUCCCAUCCUCACAUAAAAAUGGGGACCUGGCUUCUCUUGAGAUAGUCUGCCGGAGGGAACAGAAGCCAAUCCAGUUUGCCUGGCCUCCAUCAACCAGGCCCUGGUCACCUGGUCUCAGCCCAGCUUUGCCCUCCUUGCUGUGUGAACCUUGGCUCCCUGCCUGGCCCACAGCCAUGGCCACGAUGGUGGCCCAGAAGCUCAGCCAUCUCCUGCCCACCUUGCGGCAGGCCCACCAGGAGCCGCAGCCGUCCGGGCAGCCGGAGCCUGUCUUCACGGUGGACCGAGCCGAGGUGCCACCCCUCUUCUGGAAGCCGUACAUCUACGUGGGCUACCGGCCGCUGCAUCAGACCUGGCGCUUCUACUUCCGCACGCUCUUCCAGCAGCACAACGAGGCGGUGAACGUCUGGACCCACCUGCUGGCCGCCCUGGUGCUGCUGCUGCGGCUGGCCGUCUUUGCGGGGACCGUGGACUUCUGGGGAGACCCACACGCCCUGCCCCUCUUCAUCAUUGUCCUCGCGUCCUUCACCUACCUCUCCCUCAGUGCCUUGGCUCACCUCCUGCAGGCCAAGUCCGAGUUCUGGCAUUACAGCUUCUUCUUCCUGGACUACGUGGGCGUGGCCGUGUACCAGUUCGGCAGCGCCCUGGCGCACUUCUACUACGCCAUCGAGCCCGCCUGGCACGCCCAGGUGCAGACCAUCUUCCUGCCCACGGCCGCCUUUCUCGCCUGGCUUUCUUGCACCGGCUCCUGCUACAGCAAGUAUAGCCAGAAACCUGGCCUGCUGGGCCGCACUUGCCAGGAGGUGCCCUCCGCGCUGGCCUACGCGCUGGACAUCAGCCCCGUGGUGCACCGCAUCCUGGUGUCCCCCGACCCCACGGCAGAUGACCCAGCUCUUCUCUACCACAAGUGCCAGGUGGUCUUCUUCCUGCUGGCUGCUGCGUUCUUCUCAGCCUUCGUGCCUGAGCGCUGGUUUCCUGGCAGCUGCCACGUCUUUGGCCAGGGCCACCAGCUCUUCCACGUAUUCCUGGUGCUGUGCACCCUGGCUCAGCUGGAGGCCGUGGCCCUGGACUACGAGGCCCGGCGGCCCAUCUAUGAGCCUCUGCACGCCCGCUGGCCUCACAACUUCUCUGGCCUCUUCCUGCUCACGGUGGGCAGCAGUGUCCUGACCGCGUUCCUGCUGAGCCAGCUGGUGCGGCGCAAACUCGACCGGAAGACCCAGUGAGGGGGGUGGCGGCCGGUAGGGAGGGAGGUGUUGAGGGAGUCCAGGGGUCCGGGCUUGGCUCCAGGUGGGAAUAAGGGCCUGGUAAAGUUGUUUGUGUCCGGCCUGCAAUGACUUUCUGUGAACGCCUCAGCUGCCGAUGAUGGUACUGGCCAGCCCUUGGAUUUGGGGAUUGACUAGGGGCUUGCUGGGCUCCACUCCUGGGCCUGCCCCAGGCCUCAGCCCUGGGAGGAGAAAAGAUAAAGAUGCAGGCCCGCCUGGUUUGCCUCUCCCCCCAGUGCCUCUCACCAGGGGUGAGGAUCAGGGACCAGCUGGGGGCAGGACCCUGGUUUGCAGCUUCCAGAUUAACUGAGAAGACAGAGUGAGGGUAGAAUUUAGGCCAGAACCAGGUUUGAGCUGAGAGGCAGAAGAGGGCUCAGCAGCUCCCCCUCUACCCAGAUUUCAUUGGUGGAUAGGGAAUGAAUGGAGGAUCUUAACAGUCCUUGAGCUCCAGCCUGGAGUUUUGGAGUUCUGGAGAGUCUCCAAAGGUAGAAGAUUGUGCUAGGUAGAAAUGGAUCCCCCCUGGUGCCCACACCUCAGUUACUGUCUCACGUGGGGAACCCCCACCUUUCUAGCUCUGGCCUCUAUGUCCCACACAUCCUGUUCCUAGCCUCUCUCCUGGUUUCCUUGUUCUUGAUUCAGUUAUUCUUUCAGUGUUUCCUGGGCCUCUGCUCAGAGGCAGGCUACCAGCUGAGUCCUGUGGGUUAAUGCAGGAUGAUGAGAGCUUUAAAAUUGGAAUGACCCCAUCAGGGGAAGUACUGAGGAGGGAAUAAUCAGUGCUGCUUGCCACCUCACGAGCUUGGGUUGGAAAGUGUGAAUAGGAGUUUGCAGAUGAAGAGGGGCAUUCCAGCCAAAGGGAAAAGCCUAUACAAAGGCCAAAGAGGUACUGAAGGGAGGAGGUCAUUGGGGUUGGACAUAGGGGUGGUCUGGACUCUGAUAUGUCCUGGAUGCAAUAAAGUGACUGAUACAACA